AUGGCCCAUCAGCUAGCCCACAGGGCUGGUCGAACAAUUCGAGCGCCAUCUACGGCGACAUUGGUGGCUCUCCAAUCAGCCAUAUCCAGUCUCACCAUCUCCUCACCGAAUCCUGCCACCCUCCAACGAAGAAACGCCUCGCAUCAAGCCCAAGGUCGAGCCAAUGGCCCCAAAGACCGCGCAGGCAAACGACUCGGAGCAAAAAAGACGGGAGGAGAAUAUGUAAUACCUGGCAACAUCCUCUAUCGACAAAGAGGCACACUCUGGUUCCCCGGCGAUGGCUGUUUCAUGGGUCGCGACCACACGAUCCACGCCAAAGUCCCCGGCUACGUCAAGUUCUACCGCGACCCCUCCUUCCCCACGCGCAAAUACAUCGGCGUCGUCUUCGAGCGCAACAACGUGCUGCCACAGCCCCCCAACGCAGUGCGCAAACGGCUGCUAGGCAUGCUCGCGUACCGCAUGCCCGAGAGCAGCAACAGCAGCAACACAUCAGAGCCAUCCGCUCUCCCAUCUCCACCCACCGAAGCACCCUCCAAAGCAGUCGAAGUCUCCACCCAACCUCCCACCUACCCGCAAACAGCCACGGUGAAAAACACGCGUGAAAACGGCGAGGUCAUCACCUCGCAACUCCAGCUGCGCAGCGGUAGCUAUCAAUGGCGACAAGCGAAUUACGACAUUGGGCGGACGGCGCUGCAGAGCGAGCGCGCGUUGAAGGUGAAGCCGUAUGAUCCCAACGACCGCUUUUUGGCGUGGCGCAAGCGGAAUGCGCGGCGUGCGCGCGCGGCGCAGAAGAGAGCUCUGGGGAGGGGAGGGAAGGGGGCCGCAAAGGGCAAGGCGAAGGGGAGGGGAAAGAAGAGGUAG